AUGAAAUCAUUGCCAAAAUCACUCUCAAACGCCGUCGUUUUUGUUCUUUUCAUCAUUCUAUCUUCCUCUCCAUUUGCAUUGGCUAAGUGUGAAGAAAAGAUCAUCACUAAUGGAUGCCAUGACGAGAGAGAAUCCAUGAAGCUAAAACUCAUUGCCCUUGUCGCAAUUUCAGUGUCCAGCGUGAUUGGUGUGUGUUUACCGUUGUUGUCUCAUUGUAUGCCAUCACUUACACCCGACAGCGACAUGUUCGCCGUCCUUAAGGCGUUCACUUCUGGUGUUAUUCUAGCAACAGGGUACAUGCACGUGUUACCGGACUCUUUCAGCGCCCUGAUGUCCGAUUGUUUGCCUAGACAUCCAUGGAAGAAGUUCCCUUUCACGGCUUUCGUGGCGAUGAUGUCGGCUUUGCUGACCCUUAUGGUGGAUUCAUUUUCCAUGAGUGUGUACAAGAAACUUAGCGGUAGAGCUUCGGAGGUGGAUGCGGACAAUGGUUCUAGACAUGAAAAUGGGAAUGUAACAACAGAGAAUUAUGAGCCGGGACAUGGACAUGGCCCUGCACUUGAGAUGAAUCAUAAAUCGUCGCAAUUGUUACGGCAUCGAGUUAUUGCUCAGGUACUAGAGUUGGGAAUUGUUGUUCACUCAGUGGUGAUUGGUCUUGCAAUGGGAGCCUCCGACAAUCGAUGCACCAUUCGACCACUCAUUGCCGCUCUUUGCUUCCACCAAAUGUUCGAGGGAAUAGGACUUGGUGGAUGCAUAUUACAGGCUGAAUACGAGUUUCAAAUGAAAGCAAUCAUGGUAUUCUUCUUUUCAGUCACAACUCCACUCGGAAUUGUUAUCGGAAUUGGUUUGACAAAGGUUUAUAGUGCUACAAGUCCGACGGCACUUAUUGUGGUGGGACUACUUAAUGCUAGCUCAGCAGGGUUGUUGAAUUACAUGGCACUGGUUGAUCUUCUUGCAGCUGAUUUUCUAGGCCCUAAGCUUCAAAAAAAUAUGAAGCUCCAGGCUUGGUCAUAUGUUGCAGUCUUACUUGGUUCUGGAUUUAUGUCUUUGAUGGCAAAAUGGGCUUAGUGGAU